GGAACGUCGUUUCUCCGCUUCUUUCUCGAUUCAAUCAGUAGCGUAUCUCCGUCAUAGCGCAGCGCUACCAUGGACUGACCGACACUUGCACUCACACGCAGACACACACACACACACACACACACACACACACACACACACACACACAGAGUCGGGAAGUCCAGUUUCAAGCUUAAAGCGGAGGGCGAGUGGGCGGUCGGGGCAAAGUCGAAGGGCUUCGGAGGCUGUGGUGCUGGAGCAGUUUGAGCGCCAUCAGCGAGGAGUCGAUCGAUAAGAUUGAUAGAUUGAUAGAUUGAUAGAUCUGGCAAUUCAAGAUGCUUGGCAACGCCAUGUGUUCGACGACAAGCUCGGGCGGGGGCAGCACGGGGUCGUGUAUUAUGCUGCCCCGUUGUGCGGGACCCACUUCGGCCGGCGCGCAGCUGUUCCCUAACUCUGUCGUCGUGGCGCGAGGGCGUUCUGUGAUGACGUUGCUUCAUGCAUCGAUGAUCGCCGCGCACUGGUCAUCUCCGUCGGUGGCACAGCGACGACUUUCCCUGAUUGCUCCCGGAUGCCAUCCCGCGCGUCGAGCCGCACGCUUGGAAUCGGGGCCGACGGCUGCGGCUGCUGCUGCGUCGACAGCAGCGGCGAUGGCGGUGCUUCCACAUUCCUGGGGGGGAGCGGCGUGCUCUUACCUCUGGCCGCGUCGCUGCUUAAGUGCGGGAAGAUCGCUGUUAUCAGCCUCCUUGGAGGCGUCGCACAGACUGGGUGAAGCGACCAGACUACAUCGCAAGGGCCUUGUCUUCCGCUGCUGCCCCGGUCUUCUCACACCCACAACGAUCCCGACCCAAGGGAACUCGACUGAUGCGCAGAGGCGCCUCCGUUGCAUACGCGCGGCAGUUGUCGCUUUGCCUCUUGUCGCAAUGUCUGCCGCCGCCUCCAAGCAUGCUCACACGGCUCUCAUGCACGUCACGCAGAUGGCUAUGACGGCCGCUGCUGUUGUUUGCACAGCCUACCUCUCGCCAUACGCGGACGGCAUCGCUGGCCGAGAUCGCCGGGAAGAAAACCAAGUGUUCACUCCGGCCAUGAGCCAAGUCCAAGAAGUGAGUAAGGAUCGGUUCAUGGUUGGGUACACACAGUCGGUCGUGCUUCCCGUAACGUCGGAAAAUUGCAGCAACAGCUGCUGGUCCACUGUUCUCACUAUCAGGGAGAAGGCCAGGGGUAUCCCUAUUACCUUCGACAGUGAUGGAGAAGUCAGACACAGUUUGAACUUCUACAUAUUCCCUGAUUUACCCUUUGAUCUGGUGUUCUCGAUGCAGUGGCUAAGGGCAUUCAACCCUAGGAUCGACUGGCAGAUCCCUAAGGUUGAGCUUCCCAAUGGACAGGGGGUGUACCAGACUUGCAGAAUUGCAACUGAACACCACCCUAAAACUAGCUGCUAUUGUCUGAGGGCGAGGGAAUUCUAUUCUCUCUUGCGCCAGUAUGACCAUGAACGUCUGUUUUUAGCUCUGGUCAAGCAAACAGACGCUGCACCUGUUUCUUGUCCUCCUGAGAUACAGCAGGUUGUGGACCAAUAUGCGGAUCCGAUGCAGGAGCCCUUUGGACUACCCAACCGGCCAACCAAGCAUCACAUCGAGCUGCUACCUGGAGCGGUCCCUCCAAAGGGCCGCAUCUACAGGAUGUCCCUUGCUGAGCUUGAGGAGCUCAGAAGUCAGCUAGAGACCCUGACCAGCAAAGGCUGGAUACGGUCGAGCACAUCUGAAUUUGGCGCACCAGUGCUCUUCGUUUCGAAAGGGAAUGGAGAAUUCAGGAUGUGCAUAGACAACAGAGGUCUCAAUAAGAUCACUAGGAAAAGUACAGAGCCUCUUCCUAGGAUCGAUGACCUUCUGGCUAUGGUGCAGGGCUGCACAGUGUUCAGCAAAGUCGACCUCAAAUAUGGUUACCACCAGAUUGAGAUGGCAGAGGAGGAUGUCUACAAGAUAACCUUCAAGCCCAGAUAUGGGAUUUACGAAUUUCUGGUCAUGCCAUUUGGACUUUGCAAUGCCCUAGGUACCUUCCAGACUGAGAUGCACCGCAUCUUUAGGCCUUACCUGGACAAGUUCAUGGUUGUCUACCUAGAUGACAUCCUGGUAUUCAACCGAACUACUAGGGAACGUGCGGAGCACUUGGCUCUAGUCCUUCAGUCAUUACGCGACAGCUAGUGUAAGAUUAACAGAGAGAAGUCCUCCUUUGGAGUUCCCUCUAUCAUCUAUCUAGGUCAUGUAAUCUCUGGAGAUG